GCGAGUUUCUGUGUAUGAGGACCAGGACUUGGGCCCUUAAACGUGGGCUGAAUAUUCAAGACUCAGUGUCUGGGCUAUGCUGGGCCUGGGCCAAUAACGAAUAGUACGGCCCGUGUGGAAAACCAAACAUCAUUCCCUGAAGUGUUUACGGUUAAAAUUUACCCAAAUUGAGAAAUCAACGGCCGGGAUGUGAAAAUUCAUGCCUCAUCAUCACCAUCACAUCCAAAAACUCCACGCCCGCCUCAUAAAGACCGGCCACCACAACGACCAUCUCUCCCUCCGCCCCCUCCUCUUAUCAUGCGCCACCCUCUCCUUAUCCUACGCACGCUCCCUCCUCUACUCCAUCCCCUCCCCGGACGCCUUCGCAUGGAACACCCUCAUCCGAGCCCACGCCAACGCCACCACAACGAAAGCCGACUCCCCUCCUUCCAACGCCCUCAACCUGUUUGUUGAAAUGCGCCAAAGAGGCGUCUCUCCCGACCACUACACCUUCCCCUUCGCCCUCAAAGCCUGCGCUCGCCUCGCCUUCCUACAAACAGGCAAAGCGAUCCAUUCGCAAGCAGUAACGCUCGGUUUCGACUCCGACAUCUUUGUACAGAACACUCUUAUUCAUCUAUACGGGAAUUGCGGGCUUGUUGAGUCUGCAUGUCAGGUGUUCGACGAAAUGCCUCACAGGGAUUUGGUCUCUUGGUCGGCAACCAUUGCUUGCUUUGCGAACAAUGGGCUCGGAGAGGAAGCUCUGGCGGCAUUCCGGGAGAUGCAGGUUGCGACAAGUUUAAGGCCAGAUGAGGUGAUGAUGGUGAGCGUGGUUUCUGCUGUCUCGACCUUGGGAGCUUUGGAAUUGGGUAGAUGGGUGGAUUUCUAUGUUCGCAGGAGUGCAUUUGAUAUCACGGUUUCGAUGGGCACGGCGCUGAUUGUUAUGUAUUCGAAAUGCGGGUGCAUUGGAAGUGCGGUGAAGGUGUUUCGUGAAAUGCCGGAAAGAAAUGAAUUGACCUGGACGGCUCUGAUUAAUGGAUUUGCUCUUCAUGGACAGAGUAAAGAAGCACUGAGAACGUUUUAUGAAAUGAAACAAUCUGGAUUCCGACCGGAUUAUGUUACUUUUAUCGGAGUUCUUUCAGCAUGUAGUCAUGGAGGUCUUUUAGAACAAGGGUGGCAGUUAUUCAACAGCAUUAGGAGAGAUUACGGUAUUGAUCCGGGACUCGAGCACUACGGGUGUAUGGUUGACCUUCUUGGACGUGCAGGAUUACUCAACGAAUGCUAUGAUUUUAUAGAGAGAAUGCAGAUCGCACCGAAUUCGAUCAUCUGGAGAACUCUGCUUGGAGCUUGCGCGAAUUAUAGCAAUGUCAAGCUGGCAGAGCAUGUGAAGCGGAGGAUUUCAGAGCUCGAUCCUCAUCAUGACGGUGAUUAUGUGCUCCUAUCAAAUGCAUACGGUGGGUUGGGCCGGUGGGUUGAGAAGGCGGGGGUGAGGUGUUCGAUGCAAGAGAGGGGGAUUGGGAAGAGACCUGGGUGCAGUUUGAUUGAGGUUGAUCGGGUGAUUCACGAGUUUGUUGCCGGAGAUGAAUCGCACCCUCAAUCAAAAGAGAUCAACGAAAUGUUGGGCUUGAUCUUAGAGCAACUGAGGUCCGUGGGGUAUGCUCCAGACACGUCGAACGUGUUGUUUGACAUUGAAGAGGAAGAGAAGGAGCGGGCUUUGAGCUACCACAGUGAGAAGUUAGCGGUUGCGUUUGCGCUCCUUAGCAGCCAUCAUGGCAGAACAAUCAGAGUCGUGAAGAACCUUCGAAUUUGCCAUGACUGUCACAUUUUUAUGAAGCUUGUUUCAGGGAUUUUCCAUAGAGAAAUCAUCGUUCGAGACCGCAACCGCUUCCACCAUUUUAGAGAAGGAUUCUGUUCUUGCGGAGAUUACUGGUGAUUAAUAUUCAAUCUCAAUGGUUGGGCAGGAGUUAACAGAGCUGUUUCUUCUUUUUGUUUUGAGUGGUUGUGACAUAGAUGGGGUCAUUAAGGAUUGUUAUGAGAUUUCAGGGGGAAACUUGAUUUUGGAAUAUUCUCUUUAGAAGGAACUUGAAGGAUGAGGAGAUGGUUCAAUAGAUCGUUGGGGCUUUUAGAGAAGGUUUUGAUGGACAGAGAAACAGAAGAUGGAAGAACUUGAGAGUUCCUUUAAAAAAAUGACGAUUGUAUUCAUUAAGGAAAAAAUAAAUAAAUAAAAGCAAUACAAGCAUAUUAUUACAGGCCCAUGCACAAGUGAUCCUCUCGUCACUCGGAGAUUUAUGGCCACCAGAAAACAUACAACAGGUAAAAGAGAAGCAAAGAAAAACAUAAGAGACCUGUAAAUGAGAGGUUGCUCCAACCCACGUCGAAAACCCCAAAAUUCCACAGAAUAUCCACCUCAGAGCACCCAAAAAUGCCUCUUUGUGAGCACCCAGUUGGUCUGAGGAGGAAUUGGUUAUUUGGUGUCUCAAGUAAGGUGGGUGAAUAUCAUUCUGGGUGGAAAGGUUUGUUCGAGAGUAAACGUAAGGUUCUUUGGGAACUAGUUCUGCUAGCCAUUCUUUGGAGGAUUUGGAAGGAGAAGAACCGACAUAACUUUGAAGAUGAAGUGAAGACUGUAUCUUGGGCCAAUCUAAUAAAGUGUUUCUAAUAUUCUCGUUCAGGAGAUACUAGCUAGGUGGAAUUGUUGGAUCUUCGGUGUCAAAGACCUGGACCCGUGAUGUUGAAGACCGUGACUAGGUAGGUUGGUGGAGUCUGGGGUUCUAGCUAAUCCUUUUGAGACUUAGCCAUGCUUCUCAAUCUCAAGGCCUGUUUCGCUUGGAUUGGAUAGCUUCUAUCCAUCUUGUUUUGAGCAGGAGAUGAAAAGAAAGAAAUCUACAUAUGGAAGGCCUGGAUGGAGAAGUUAUGGAGAGAACAAACACUUUGUGUUUCAAGAUCACAAAUCAUUUUAUCAAAGGUUGGAAUUGCAGUAAUUCUCUUCUAGUAAAUCAGUUUCCUUUGUUAGUUUUGAAUAAGUUCAGUGCAGAAAUGAUCACAUACAUGCACUAUAUGUUAACUUUCAUAUACUAGUGUCUUUCCCAUCAAUGUGUCACUUGUAUAGAAAGCAUUCACCUGAGCAAAAGGUGACCCUGUGCCAUGAA